ACGUCCACUACAGUGGACAAAAGUCUAUGCUUGGGUCUCAGGAGGAUAUCAUUCAUGUAAUAUUAGUUGCUGGAUCUGUUAUUCAGACUCAUAACUUCAUUAUUUCCUGUCUGAAUUACAUUUAAUGUGACUUCCUUGUUCUGAACAAAUUCAACCAGUACUCAAGACUAAACACUUGCAUCUUCUGUCAGGCUUGUGAAAUGGAUUCAAUCAAUGAAAAUUCUGGUUUCAUGCUUUUAACAGUUGCUUCAGAUGAAGAAUGCUCUCAGUACAAAGGUUUCUCCACUGAAAAGCAACAGAGAGAGGUCAUUGCUCCUAAGUGCACUAAAGUUCUUCUGACUCUUCUGGGUUUCUCUCUGUUUUUUGCUCUCGGAGGUCUCUGUGCUUUCUGGAUCCUUUAUAAUCAUAAUCUUGCCGAUUUCGAGUCACUGAAUGAGCAGCACAUCAUGGUUUCAGAGCAACUGGCAGCUCAAGAGAUCAAUAGCACAGUUAUGAUAAGGGAACUAGAGGAACUUAAAACCAACUACACCAGAGUUAGAGAACAGCUUCUGCUUCAUGUGGCCCUGAAGAAAGAGUUUAAUGAUCUUACAGCCAGAUACAACACAUUCAGAGAAUGGCUGUCCUUUAAUGAUGAUGGCUGGAUAGUUUAUCAUGGAAAGCUGUAUUUAUUCAGCUCUGAUCAACUGAACUGGUGGAGCAGUCGAGAUGUCUGUAUUUCUAAAGGAGCCGAUCUGGUCACCAUAACCAACCAAUCAGAACAGGAUUUCCUGGUCUCUAAAAUUAAUGUGACGCACUGGAUUGGUCUCCAUGAUCUGGACACUGAAGGACACUGGGUUUGGGUUCUGGUUCAGCGGGGAUCCAAAACAACCUAA